AUGCAUAUAAGACAAGUAAUGGAAGUGAAGUGCAAACAUUGUAGGAAAGACCUUUUUGGUAAAGAAUGUAUUUCAUUAUUGACUUCUCAUAAUGAAAUCAAAACAAAUUUUGUGGAUGUAUUUGAAUGUGGUACAAAUGAUUUUGAACCUUGUUCAUAUAUAUCCAUGGAAAAAUUGCCUAAAUGGAUUGAACAAGCCAUAAACCAAGAAUCUUGGACAAAGGGUAGACUUCAUUGUCCUCAUUGUAAUAAUCGUAUAGGUUCAUUUAAUUUUGUAAAUGAAUUAAAAUGUAACUGUAGUAAAUUUAUAGCUCCACCAGUCAAAAUAACUAAUAGUAAAGUAGAUAUUUUGUUUUUAUCUGAAUAA